AAACGGYUGCGCAUGGGGCUAAUCGGUUGCAGCCAAAUGAUGAAAUAACAAUUCAUAAAAUGCGUUGGUUCAAAUGAGUUUUUUGUUCAAUGUUUUGAAAAAAUGGUGUCAAUCUKUUGGCAUGAGCUCCCAACCAUAAUAAGAAUUCCGCGUCCAGCAUUAAAUAUUCAUCAGCGAGGCAUUAAUUAACUGACAAAAAACAACUCACUUUAACUAGGCCAAACAAACUYCCUUGAUGUUUGUCAGUUUAGGUCGCUUUGGUCUAGUCUCCGUCUUCAAGUCUUACAGUUUUACUUUCAUACUCGACUAAGGGUAUCGAAUUUACCUUCCUUAAUCAUGGCGGAGGCCGAUACAUUCGAAGAACUUGAAGCACAUGAUUGCUGGGAGAUAAUGAAAAAAGGAACCGUCAUGACCAAACUGUCAACUCACAACAAGGUGGGAGGAAAAGGCAGAAAACUCCAGCGGAAAACCUUCUUUUUGGAUGAAAAGAAUGUUGCUAUAUUCUAUAAGCCAACGAAGAAGAAACACAUUCGAUAUGAAGUGGCACAGAUCACCGAUAUCUUAACGGGAGAUGACCUGAAGGAGGAUUUUGGAGAACUGGCCAAGAAGCAUCCCCUAGACAUGUGCAUCUCGAUCGAAUUUGGCCAAAAAGGAAGCCUGGAAAUGAUAGCUUCUUCACCACGCAUUGCAAAAGCUUGGGUCUUUGGCCUUAAGACUCUCAUAGAAAAUAGAAAUAACAAUGAAAGAGAUGGUGCUCUCCGACAACAAUGGCUGAUCGAUGCUUUCGAAAAGUUCGACAAAAACAAAGAUGGCGCCCUCAGUUUGAGCGAAGUAACAAAGCUGUUAAAUGCAUUGAAUAUUACAAUGAGCCCGAAGACGGUCAAGAGGAAGUUUAAGGAAGCCGACACAGGCAAAGAGGAUGCCUCUCUCGAUAAAGAAGAGUUUGCUGAAUUCUUCAAGUCAAUCGCAACAAGAAAGGAAAUCGUAGAAAUCAUGGAAACAUCUCCGAACCAAACUCAUAUGGACGCUAGGGACUUCCAAACCUUCCUUGAAGAGAAACAAGGGAUGAAAGACUUGACCAGGCGGUAUUGUGAAGACAUUAUCUUAGAAUACGAACCAACCAAGGAAGGAAAGGAUGCACGCCAUMUUGGCAUCGAUGGCCUAACGAAUUAUCUAACGUCACGCGAAGGCAACUUGUACAACGUAAAACAUGACAAGGUCUACCAAGACAUGACACAACCACUGUCACAUUACUUCAUCGCUUCGUCUCACAACACCUACCUAAUGAUGGACCAGCUUCGAGGUCCUUCCAGUGUAGAUGCUUAUAUCAAUGCGUUUAAGAAAGGGUGCCGAUGCGUCGAGCUUGACUGCUGGGAUGGGGAAAAUGGGGAGCCAAUCGUCUACCAUGGGCACACGUUGACUUCGAAGAUUAAGUUCAGGGAUAUCAUUGAAGCUGUGAAAGAAUAUGCUUUUAAAGUAUCAGACUAUCCUGUCAUACUUUCUCURGAAAAUCAUUGUAAUAUCAAGAAUCAGAAGGCGAUGGCAGCGCACUUGGAAAAUAUACUAGGCGACAUGUUGUACAGGGACCCAGUGGAUGAUUCAUUAUCAGCUCUACCGUCACCAGAAUCUUUGAAGAGGAAAAUAUUGAUAAAGGGUAAAAAACUUAAACCUGAACAAGAAAACGAAGAGGAUGAAGAAGAAGGAGACGUUUCUGACGAAGAUGAGGCCGCGGAAAUUGACCCGGACGUGUUAGCAUCUGCAGCAGAUAGUAAUGUCGACGGAGGCGAAGGAGAAGGAACAAGUGCUGCAGCUGCUGCUGUUACUAAACCACAAAAAAAGAAAGAUAAGAAKAAAAGGUCCAACAGUCUUCGGUAUUCUUUCCGAGCGGUAGGAAAGGCAGUACGUCGGGUAAAGAAACCACUUGAUAAAGAGAAUAAAGCCAAAGCCAAAGUGAAGCUGGCGAAGGAACUCUCGAGAUGCGUCAACUAUUUUACUAGUGUUGGCUUCAAAAACUUUGAACUUUCUAAGAAAAAUGCCAGAUUUUUUCAGAUGUCUUCAUUUGUCGAGUCCAAGAUGACGAGCCUCGCCCUGAACCAUGGCGCAGCGUUUGUCGAAUACAACAAGAGACAGUUGUCCCGCACGUAUCCCGCGGGUAAUCGAGUCGAUUCAAGCAACUAUAAUCCACAAAUUGGCUGGAAUGCUGGAUGUCAGAUUGUCGCCCUGAACUACCAAACAGAUGGCGAAAUGAUGCAUAUAAAUCAAGGGAAGUUCCAGCAGAACGGGAAAGCAGGAUACGUACUGAAACCUGAAUUCAUGAGAGACCCUUCCAUUGAUUUUAAUCCCAAACAUCCGCCAGAAGGUCUCAGAAAACUUUUGAAAAUUGAAGUAAUUAGUGGUCAGCAGUUACCCAAACCWGAAGGAGAAAGUUCAAAAGGAGAGGUCAUUGAUCCAUACGUGGAAGUCAAAAUCUAUGGUUUACCAAGUGACCAAGGAACUUUCAAAUCCAAGGUUGUCAAGGACAAUGGUUUCAACCCUAUUUGGAACUUAGAAGUAGAGAAAGAGCUCCACGUUCCUGAGCUGGUCAUGAUUCGGUUCGCAGUGUUGGACGAAGAUGUUGGCAAGGAUGAUUUCAUUGGUCAAUUUUCACUUCCCUUCACAAGCCUUCAAACAGGUUAUCGACAUGUGCAUCUCCUCAACAUGAAAGGCGAACCCAUUCCCCACGCGACCAUCUUUGUUCACGUGACCAUAGAAGAUAAUCCAAAAUCAUCCAAGUCAGCGAAAUCCCACAGCGAGCCCAAACAG